AUGCCAAGGAAUCUGGGGAAGAAUACCCAAGUUAAAAUUUGCAGAGGAGAGCCAGUAAGAAAGAAAGAAAGAAAAGAUAUUGAUAAAGAUAGAUACAGAAUUCACGGCUUCUACAAAAAGAUCAGUGUGGUUAACUGUCCAAACACCCGCUGCAUCUCUGCGGUUUCCAGACGUCUCGGUUACGGCGGGUGGUUCCAUUUUUCUGUAGCUAGUGCAUCAUUUGAGUUUUGGUUAACGACAAGAGUUCGUCUCUGCUUUUUUCCUCAAGCAUCUAUAUUUAUUCAAAGAAGAGUCUAUGAGGGUUUCAAGCUUCAGCUUUACACUUCAGAUUGA